AUGUCAAACUAUAAGUUCGGAACCAAUGUUAUCCAUGCCGGUCAACCAGCUGAUCCAGUCUCUGGUGCAGUGAUCACUCCAAUCUCACUCUCCACCACAUUCUUGCAGCCAUCACCAAAUGUCUUGCCUGCUGGAUUCGAUUACUCUAGAUCAGGUAACCCAACUAGAAAGGCAUUGGAGGAGUGCAUUGCUGCGAUUGAGAAUGCCAAGUAUGGACUUACUUUUGCAAGUGGAUUGGCCACUUUGACUACGAUCAUCAACUCGCUGCAGGCUGGUGAUGAGGUGAUCUCUGUUGAUGAUGUCUACGGAGGCACUCGCAGAUAUAUGUCUCGCAUUGCCGCCAACUUCAACUUGAAGUUCUCCUUUGUCGACAUGGCCACCACUGAUCAGCUGGCCGCCGCCUUCACCGACAAGACCAAGUUGGUGUGGCUCGAGACCCCCACCAACCCACUGCUCAAGGUGGCCGACAUUAGAUUGAUCGCCGACUACGUUCACAGCCGCAACGCCAUCCUCGUCGUCGACAACACCUUCAUGUCGCCAUACUUCCAGAACCCAUUGGACCACGGUGCCGACAUCGUCAUGCACUCAAUCACCAAGUACAUCAACGGUCACUCUGACGUCGUCAUGGGAUGUCUCGCCACCAACGACGAGCAGCUGUUCACCAAGUUGAAGUUCCUCCAGAACUCCAUCGGUGCCGUGCCAUCGCCAUUCGAUUGUUUCAUGGCCCUGCGUGGCAUUAAGACUCUGCAUCUCCGUAUGAGAGAGCACGAGAAGAACGCCUUUGCCGUCGUCAAGUUCCUCGAGUCACACGCCAAGGUCGAGCGCGUCGUCUACCCCGGUCUUCCAUCGCAUCCCCAGCACGAGAUCUGCAAGCGUCAAAUGAAGGGCUUUGGAGGCAUGGUCGUCUUCUUCAUCAAGGGUGACAUUGCCACCUCUCGCAAGUUCCUCGAGAACAUCAAGUUGUUCGCUCUUGCCGAGAGUUUGGGAGGUGUUGAGAGUUUGAUUGAGUUGCCAUCUGUUAUGACUCAUGCCUCUGUCCCAUUGGAGGAGAGAAUCAAGCUUGGAAUCACCGACACUUUGAUCCGUCUGUCUGUUGGUAUUGAGGACAUUGAUGACCUCCUUGCCGAUCUCCGUCAGGCUUUGGACAAGAUCUAA